AUGGAGUCGGUUGCGAAACGGGAAAAGAAUGAAUUGCCAUUGAUCAGGCAGCACCCCUUUGAAUGUCAGGCAGCUGGCAUCUAUUCAAGCACAACGUCAAUUACAGAUGAUGGGAGUGGUGGGACGGCUUGUGAAGGCUUUUUGCCAUUCCCUGACAUUGAUCUGCAGGGGUUUGGCAACGGUUUCUGUGACUUUGAAAUGCUGUUACCAAAUAUGCAACAUGACUCGAAUCAAAACCUAUCGGACCACUCAUACUCCGAAUCAGGCCCAAUGUAUCCGGGGUUCAAUGACCCUUUCUCAUUGAGGAACCUAGAUUUCACGGCUCCGUUAUUGCUGGACGGUCUUCAUAGAGAGAGCUUAAGCAACAGCAGCUCAGAUGAACUCUAUGAUCUUCUAGAGAACAAAGGUAUAUGUUCCCCAAAAUUUUUCCUUCCUAAUGCCACAAUUUGUGAAGCUUACUGUAAUUCAGAUUUUUAUGACUGGUGGUCUCAACUAGAAUCUGAAAAUGAGAAUUAUGUUGGUGCAUGUAUUCCUUCCAUUCUUUAUAGUCACAAGCAGCAGGCUUUCAUCGUGGAAGGUUACUCAAGGCAGGCAGUUAAGGAUACCAAGGAAAAACUAAGGAAAUUUAUUCUUGAUUUGACAAGGCGUCAAGACGAGACACGGCUAUUGACAUCAGACACUAAUCAGGCAGGCCUAGCAUGUCCAAACUUUCAAACAGAUGCCGCUCGUCAGAUAGCUGCUGUGGACGAGCCUGAUUCGGGGCAAGCUAAGAUCUGGCCAGUCAAGCCCAAGGAUCACCGACGUGUAGUCAUCGCUUGGCUCAAUAUUAUUCUCCCUAGCCUUCCAAAGGUCCUAAACGACAAACUCGAGGGUGAUUACUCGGCGAGUCUGGUCCUUCGAGGGGCGACUCCUCGGAAAUCCCGAACAUGUAUAAUGAUCGAGAGUCCUUGUGUUCCCGGACCCGAAGCUCAAAGAGUCAUUCAAGACCAACUGAGUGAGCUCUACGCUCCUGAAUCCGAUCGAGAUCGGAUUAAUGUCUGCUUUUUGAAAGGACGUGUGAGUUGCUUGAAUGGUUCGGAGUGCGACGAAGCGAAUAUUUCUGAAGAUACAGCCGAAGAUUGCCAUUGGAAACAACAACUUCAAUUCAAUCUCUCGUGGCCGUGUCCAGAGCUGACUAUGGGUGCUUCACUUGGAAUGUUGUGUUCAGAGAACAUCAAUGCCACACUAGGUGGUUUUAUCAUGGUCGACGAUGUGAAGUGCAUACAAACAUCUGAGCAUUUUAUAGCGCGAUCCCAGGAGUCAUCGAAAGACAAGAGCUUGACGGAUUCAACGAAGUUCCAAAAACUCACAUCACCCUCGAGAUACGACCUCAGCUGGUUGAAAGCCAGUUUGGACCAGACCAAGCUUGACAAUCAAUCCCAAAAUGAUCACCGCCUUGCAAGAACCUAUGGUGAAAGCUUCGUCCCAUUAGAUAGGCUCUAUAAUCCAGCUAUACGUGAAAACCGGCAACAGAAGGCAAGAAUUGAAGCAUUGAUCAGAGAGGUAGACAAACCACUGAGUGACUUCGUCAUUGGACAGACCACCUAUCGAAGUACAGGACCAAGAGUUACAACUCUGCCAGUAUCACUAGCAGAUUACGUGGAAGACGCGCGGUUGACAUUCAAUUAUCAUAUGGAUUGGGCUGUGUGUGACCUGGAAUCACAAAUGUCGAGAACGGGCCAGAAUCAUCACAGAUAUCAAUCGAACGAAGACGCAGCUAUGGACAAUUGCAUAGAGAAGACAGAUCAUGUAAAGCGGAACGGUGGCAUCUGCUAUCAGACUUGUGCUGCUGAAGUAGGAAUCACGGUUCAUUUUCUUGGCCAGGGAAGCAAGCAUAGAAAAGGCAAAACAGGUUUGCCAAUCUAUGUGCGCAGGAACUCCACUUCGACACUGGACUUUACCAUAAUUGGUGAAGAUGGCAAAAUGAUACCAUCGCAACAAGUGGCGGGAGAUUCGGGUGCGUGGGUUUUGAGACAGGGUGAUAACGCAGUCAUGGGCCAGAUACAUUCUCACUCUCAAGGUCAAAUACUCUUCACCCCAAUCGAGACCAUAUUUGAAGACAUCAAAGAUAAUACCACUCCUUUCGUCUCGCUACCGGCUUAUCCCCGAGAUGUGCAGCCUUUGGCGGAGCCAACAAGCGUCAUAUCGUUAUGUGCUGUACGCGACAAACCUACUGGGGAGCCCCUAUCUUUUCUCGGGUCACAGAUUGCGCAAAAGGCUAUGUAUCCUGCGAAAACGAAAAGGAGAAUACCACCUCCUAAGGAUGUUAUUCUCAAUGCUACCAAUAAGGUUGCCGCUGAUAUGCCCGAAAUCUCGGUCAUUCCCCCCGGAAAUGACGGUCUCCCAUUCUUGAGAAGAACCUCUCUACCGACCGUUUCAGACGAAGUGACACGUAUUGCAAUCUCCGCCUUGAAAUAUGAGGAUCAGGCUACAUCUCCAAACGCUGACUCGCUAGCUAACAAGCCCCCUUUCAAGAACGUAUUUCGUUUCCAAAUAAGAGCAGGGCAAAAGAUGCCGACAUGGCCCGCUGAUCGAACAGAUCUUCGAAAAGAAUUGCAGCCACGGUCCAAAGUUACGUCUAGACUAAGGCGACUUGCUUUGAAUACCAAAUUCAGUAUGAAGACCUCGUCAGCACCCAGUACACCAAGUGAAGCUGACAAAUGUGGUCUAGGCAACACCAAAUUACUAGAGAAGGGCUCCAGAGCUUUUCCAAACAUGGCUAAAUCACUGCUAGCCUUGGAGAGUACACUCAAUCGUGGUAUUUAUAUGGGAUCUGCUCGCUAG